GAGCUGCUGAGCUCAGCUCAAUUGAUCAGGUGUAUCGCAUCGACUCUGUAGCAAGUACGCAGGACCAAAAUGGAAACGGAAGUACAACGAUUUUAUAAAGGGAAGACGCUAUUCGUGACAGGCGGCACUGGAUUUUUGGGCAAAGUGAUUAUUGAAAAAAUCCUGCGAGCGACAGAUCCAAAGCAUAUUUAUUUUCUGGUCAGGUCUAAGAAAAACGAGGAUGUGAACGCUCGCGUUGCCAAGUGGAUGAACCAGCCAAUCUUCGAGUCACUGCUAAAGACAAAGCCAAAGGCCUUGCAGCUGAUGAAACCCAUAGCGGGGGAUUGCAUUGAGCCUGACCUGGGCAUAAGUGAUUCGGAUCGUAAGUUGCUUGAGAAAGAGGUGCAGAUUGUUAUACACGGAGCAGCCACUGUCCGCUUCACUGAGCCCCUGCACAUUGCGCUGGCCAUCAACACUCGGGCUACGCGCCUCAUGCUGCAGCUGGCCAGAAAAAUGCACCACUUGGAGGCCUUUGUGCAGAUCUCCACUGCCUACUCCAACUGCGUGAUAGACAACAUUGGCGAGGAGUUCUAUCCCCACCAUCUGACCUGUUCCGCCGAUAAGGUGCUGCACCUGAGGGAGACUCUGAGCGCCGAGCUGUUGGACAAAAUGACGCCUGCCUUGCUGGGGAAAUACCCCAACACGUACAGCUACACGAAGGCCCUGGCAGAGCAGGUGAUCCAAGAGGAGGCGGGCGACUUGCCGGUGUGCAUCUUUAGGCCUGCGAUAAUCUUUGCCAACUACAAGGAGCCCUCUUCCGGUUGGAUUGACAAUCCAUUCGGACUGAUCGCCCUGGUAUACGGCAUUGCCUACGGUGUGUUGCACCUUUUGCUUGCCAAUAUGAAGGCUCAGGCGAUUUUGCUGCCUGGCGAUUACUGUGCCAACCUGGCCGUGGUCAGCGCAUGGGAAACGGCCAAGAAGGCAGCCCGGGCCAGGCCGUCUGCCAUGAAAGGGAGUAAUUCGAAGCUGACCAUUUAUAAUUUUGCACCUAGCAGGACGAAUUCGUUAUUGUGGAAUGAGUUCAGAAGUAAGGCUAUGCAAGCUGGCAAUCUGGAACCCAUCAGCAACAUGAUUUGGUACCCGUUUGUGCAUGCCACCAACUGUCCUUGGCUGUUUAGGCUGGGCUGCAUCUUUUAUCACUAUGUGCCCGGCUUUCUCUACGAUAUCGUCCUGCGUCUGAGGGGCGAGAAACCGCGCCUGGUGCAUACCUAUCGCAAAGCCCACGAAAACUUGAAGGCACUACACUUCUUCAAUAAGAAAACAUUUUGGUUCAGUACGGAUAACACCGAAGCGUUGUGGGAGCACAUGUCCCCGGAAGAUCGACAGGGGUUCAAUUUUGACAUGAAAUCCCUGGACUGGGAUGACUAUUUCCAGACAAUCUGGUCGGGUAUGCGUCUAUGUUUGUUCAAGGAGCCACCAACGCAAGCUUUCUUGGCAGAGGGCAAAAGGAUCCAAUUUCGUUAUUAUGUACUCCAUAGCAUGUGCCAACUUCUGAUUGUCUCUGCUGUUGCAUAUGUGAUUUGGUUGCUGUUUAACAUCUGGCAAUAGGAGUGCCUUAAAUUGUUGUUCGAAGUGUACGGAAAGAAUAAAUGUUAAUGCACAAAA